CCGGGACUGCUCUGUGCAAAAUUUGCGCCCAACCUUCUCAUCAGCAGGGGAAGAAACUGCAGGACCACCAAUACAGAUCCCGCAUCAGCCGCAUCUCCUACAGGGAUUCAACUCAUCGAAGUAUUUUCAGCGUCAAGUGAAAGUGCUAGCAGAUACCGUGUGUGCGCCAGGCACUUCAAUUCCUCCCAAAACUGACCUAAACCAAAGGAAACGAACCUUCUACAAAGCUCGAUACUUUCGUGUAUAGAAAACACACACGAUUCAACAUGUCCUACACAGCAGCAACGGACAAGCCUUGUCCUCUGGGCUUAUCCUACUGCAAGCUGUUGGACGAUGGCCCUACCAAUCCUAAUUCGACCAAACAAUUCGAGGCAACGAUUGUUCCAGUUCCAGUCCUCACAAUCACACCAAAGUAUCAGACUAAUACCAUGCGCGACACCAUCAUCGACAUCGCAGCGCUGACCAUCACCUUUGUCCUCAUCGUGGGAAUGAUUGCUCUUUGUGGUUACGUGUGGAGGAGGAGAUGCCGAGAAGGUGCCUGCGACAUCUGCCUUGCGCGUCACCGAAGCAAUGCGAGCUGCCGUGAUGAUGAUAUGGACGACAAUGGACUGGUUUGGCAGCCGAAAGAUAUCGCUGGCAAGAAAGACUGAGCGAGGGACCUCAAGGGCAAC